CUUUGCUACAAUGCGCCGGAGAACCCUUCGCCUUUUCUACAAACACCUCCGCUCCCCCUUCACCAACCACCGAAGAAGCUCCUCCUCUCUCUACCCCGCAAACCCUAACCAAUCUCUCCCAAUCCCCUCUCACCCCUCCAAUGGCGACGACGCUUCACUACCUCGCUUUUUGCGGCUUCUGAGAUCGUGCACCGACCCCUCGGAUCUCCCCAAGGGGCGCCAAAUCCACGCCCAAAUCGUUGUGAAUGGAAUCGACUCCGAUUUCUUGUAUGCUAGGCUUCUGGGCACGUACGUGCUCUGUAGAAGCUUUUCCGAUGCUAAAGAUCUCUUUUUUCGCGUCGGAAAGGCGUCUCCUUUGCCGUGGAAUUGGAUGAUUCGAGGGUUUGCUACGAUGGGUUGGCUUGAAUCCGCUUUGUUGCUCUAUUUUAAGAUGUGGGUCUUCGGCGUAGCGCCGGAUAAGUACACUUAUCCGUACGUGAUCAAAGCUUGUUCUGGGGUCUCUGCAGUUGGGUUGGGUAGGAUGAUUCAUGGGACGAUUUGUUCGAUUGGUUUGGAGACCGAUCUCUUUGUGGGUAGUUCGUUGAUCAAAAUGUACGCUGAGAAUGGUUCGAUUGACGAGGCGAGAGAGGUGUUCGAUCAAAUGCCGGAGAGAGAUUGUGUUCUGUGGAAUGUUAUGAUUGAUGGGUAUGUGAGGAGUGGGGAUGUGGGGAAUGCUAUUGGGCUUUUUAGUGAUAUGAGGAAGAUGGAUUGCGAGCCGAAUUUUGUUACAUUCGCGUGCUUGUUAUCCGUUUGUGCUGCGGAAGCAAUGUUGAAGUAUGGGAUUCAGAUUCAUGGACUAACUAUUAAAUUUGGAUUGGACUUUGAGAUAUCAGUGGCUAACACAUUGUUGGCCAUGUACUCAAAAAGCUGUUGUUUAGCCGAUGUGCAAAAACUGUUUGAUUUAAUGCCUCACAGAGAUUUAGUAGGUUGGAAUGGAAUCAUUUCUGGGUAUGUCCAAAAUGGACUAAUGGACGAGGCCGUAGAACUAUUUUAUCAGAUGCAAAGUAGUGGCGUCAAACCCGAUUCGAUUACCCUUGCUAGUCUUCUUCCCGCUUUCUCCAACUCGAGAAGCCUCAAACAGGGUAAGGAGGUUCAUGCCCAUAUAAUAAAGAACGGCGUGCGCAUGGAUGCUUUCUUGAAAAGUGCUUUAAUUGAUGUUUAUUUCAAAUGUAAGGAUGUUGAAAUGGCGAAGAAUGUUUUUGAUGCUUCUAGUACAAGGGAUGUUGUUAUUUGUAGUGCAAUGAUCUCUGGUUACGUGCUUAACGGGAUGAAUCAUCAUGCGCUUCGAAUGUUUCAUCUGUUAUUGAAGGAUCGGCUGAAGCCUAAUGCCGUGACGCUGGCAAGUGUUUUGCCAGCUUGUUCAAGCCUGACCGCGUUAAAACUGGGGAAGGAGCUACAUGGCUACAUUCUUAAGAAGGCAUAUGAAGGAAUUUGUUAUGUUGGAAGUGCUUUGAUGGACGUGUAUGCUAAAUGUGGUAGGCUCGACCUAAGCCGUUAUAUUUUUUCAAAUAUGAGUGUUAAAGAUGCUGUUGCAUGGAACUCGAUGAUUACAAGCUUUUCGCAGAAUGGGCAGCCUGAAGAAGCCCUAAGUCUUUUCCGACAAAUGGGAACGGAAGGGAUGAAGUAUGACUGUGUCACUGUAUCCUCUGCUCUAUCAGCAUGUGCUAACAUACCCGUAUUAAAUUACGGGAAAGAGAUCCAUGGUUUUAUGAUGAAGAGUUCUUUGAGGUCAGAUUUGUUUGCUGAGAGUGCCUUAAUUGAUAUGUACGCAAAAUGUGGAAAUUUGAAGUUGGCACAAUGGGUGUCUGACUUAAUGCCUGAGAAGAAUGAGGUAUCAUGGAAUAGUAUCAUCGCUGCUUAUGGAGCUCAUGGUCUUGUAAUGGAAUCGGUCACUUUGUAUAAUCAGAUGCAGGAGGAAGGAUUCAAAGCAGAUCAUAUAACCUUCCUUGCCCUAAUAUCGGCAUGUGCUCAUGCUGGGGAAGUCGAGGAGGGCUCUCGACUUUUCCGUUGCAUGACUGAGGAAUUUCGUAUUCCAGCUAGAAUGGAGCAUUUUGCUUGCAUGGUCGAUUUAUACAGCCGUUCUGGGCAAUUAGAUAAGGCCUUGCAAGUAAUCACGGAAAUGCCAUUCAAACCUGAUGCUGGCAUUUGGGGUACUAUUCUUGGGGCUUGCCGUGUGCAUCGAAAUGUCGAGCUUGCAGAGCUGGCGUCAAAGGAGCUUCUCGAGUUGGAUUGUCAAAACUCGGGAUAUUAUGUACUCAUGUCAAAUAUUAAUGCAGUGGCUGGUCGGUGGGAUGGGGUUUCGAUGGUGAGAAGCCUGAUGAAGGAAAAGAAUGUACAGAAGGUGCCUGGUUAUAGCUGGAUUGACGUGAACAACACGAGUCACAUGUUUGUUGCGGCGGACAAAAGCCACCCAGAAUCUGAAGAUAUUUACUUUUUCCUGAAAGGCCUUCUUCUUGGGCUAAGAGAUGAAGGCUAUGUUCCCGAACCGGAUAUAUUUUACCCAUUGCUCGCGGAUUCAGAUCAUCAGGUAACUGUGGUUUGAUCCUGAUGGCUCCUGACAACAAGAAGGUGAUUUUUAUCUGAAGAUUGCGAGAAAUUAUUGUAGCACGUCGGCUGUCAUGUCGCAGGGAAUCCAACACGAAACACUUCAAUUUCGUGAACAAGUUUCCAUGUAAAGGAUGCGAUGAAGGACUUGGACUAUUAGAAAAUUUUUUCGAGGUGGUGAAAUUUUGACUCCACAUCGGCAUAUAUAUAUAUAUAU